CGGCGGCCGGGGCCUAUGUACCAAUGGCUGCUGGCGGCCCUCGGCGCCCUCCUCGCCGCCGCCCGCCGCCCCGCGCCGCCCCCGGCCCCGGUCGCGGCCCCGGCCCCGCCGCCGCCUCGCAAGAGGCCGCUCCGCAGCGCUCUGCCACCUCUGGAAGAUCCUGACCAGACUCGACCAAAAAAGCAAAAAUCAGGUUGUGCCAUCUCUGAGCCUACAGAGAAAGUUGAAGAAGUUUCUGCUGUGGCGAAGUUGCCAGCUGAGGCAACAAACGAACACUGGAAAGCUUCAGUCAGCAAUGCAGCUCCAACCACAGAGCCCACAGAAGAGACUCAGUCCACUUCGUCUGACCCUUUGUCUAAAAGACCAGCAAGUUCUGCGCUAGAAGUAGAAAUGCUACAGAUUGAUAAAAUGCCUUGUGGAACCAACGCUUGCUUGAAUAAUGAAACACUAUCCCUUUCUCAUAAGACAAUUCCGUGUUUGAGCACAAGCAGGAAUGGCAACCACCACAUCAAACCUACUCCAGAAGACACCGUAACACUCAGGCCACCCAUUAAGGAGCACACUACGCCGGAGUCUGCGACUUCAGAAGUCAGCAAAAUGGGGAGGCCCUUCUGUACUGUGGAAGAGGAUGUUCUGAGAGGCGAAAAGGAGAAAUACAAACAGCUCUUGAAACUAGUAAAGGAAAAAUAUCCUAGAAGCCGCUCUAUCUCACAGCCGACAAGCUUCUGCAAUGUUCAGGCUUACUCCAAGGAACCAGUGAUGGCUGCAAGUCACCUGGAAGAACAAAAACGUGGAGAUGUCUGUCAAUAUAUGACACUAAGAACCAACAACAAACGUGCAGAUGGCUGCAGCACACACUGGUCUCCGAGAAGCGAUAUAAUCAGGUACUACACACCAGCAGAAAAUUCUCAUGAACAGGGAAGACCAGUGAAACAAGCCAGUUCAGGGAGGCAGCGUGGAGCUGAAAUCUCAGAAGAGGUGUCAUUUCGAUUGCGUUUGGCACCUGUUUUGUCCAGAAGGCCAUCUGCCCUUGAUGUGGAAGAAAAGAAAUUCCCAAGAUCAGAAAAAAGAGUAGAACACUUUUCUCCGCUCACAGAGGCCAUGGAGAGAGAGGUCACUGCUGCGUUUGGCAAAGGCAAGCCAGAUGAGAUCAUGAGCAGUGCCUUCAAACUGAAGGUCACCCGUGAGGACAUCCACACACUGAAGAACCUUCACUGGCUAAAUGAUGAGAUCAUUAAUUUCUACAUGAAUCUUCUGGUGGAAAGAAAUAAAAAAGAAGGCUAUCCAGCAGUCUAUGCUUUUAGUACUUUUUUCUACCCCAAACUUAUUUCUGGGGGCUACAAAGCAGUAAGAAGAUGGACCAGAAGUGUGGAUCUCUUCAAGCAGGACCUCAUCAUAGUCCCCAUUCACUUGACAGUGCACUGGGCACUAGUGGUCAUAGAUGUCAGAAGGAAGACCAUCACGUACUUUGACUCAGUGGCACAAAAAGGGGACAAGAUCUGUGAAGCAUUAUUGUCAGGAAUACAAAUCUUUCCAAUUAAUUUGCUGCAAAUUGUACUUGAAUUGUGACAUCGGCUACUUACCUGGUCUCACAUCGCCCCCUCCAUCCAGGGCCUUGGGUGCCUGGGUUCUGCCAGCUUCCCAGUAUAUGUAUGGACAAAGUAUCACCAUCAAAUAUGUAAUAGCCCUGUUGCACAAAUGUACUGACUUUGGCCCAGCUUUACUAAUUAGUAACAUUGACGAGCGGGAAGAACUGCAGAAACACUUAACAAACUGUGAAAGGAAAUACAAUGUCCAUGGGAGGCAUUACAGACUUCAAAGAACUUUUUAACUCACUCUUGAGCCCUACUCUUUGCAAACUUUCAAAUUACUGCAGCUCUGUGCUGUUAGUGUCCUACGGCAUAUUCACUCCUACUUGUGUUCAACAAUAUAAAUACUUUUACUGUUUAUUGCUUAGCUCUUUCACUCUUUUUCUUGCCUUGGGAUGUUUUUUUCCUCCACUUGUAGUGUUCAUCCUUUUUACUGUGGUGAGCUGUGUGACAUGCUCCUUCUCAAAUUUUUUAUACCUCUUCUGCUCUGGCUUGGUGUUUUAAACAAAGCCACUGUAUUUCCCUCCAGCUUACCCCAGCAGACUGCCCUCGUGCCCUGACUGUGUGUUACUCAUAUUUCUGACGUUCUCAUUUUGACAUGAUCAUUCAAGACAGAUGUCUUGUAGCAAGCAUUUCCAGAUGUACUGGCAUGACGUAAGUCUCAAACGUAGUGGGCACAGUUCUUCAUAUGUGUAGAUUUGGGUUGUAACUGUUGUGUAAGCCAGCAUCCUUAGAUGUCUUUACGACUGGUGCAGAAGCAGCACAACCCCUUAGUCCAACAGCCUCGUCAAUGGAGAGCAGGAGAGCAGCUCAUGGAGCCAAACCAAGUGUUGCAUUAGUCCAGUACUCUCCUGAGCAGCAGAUAACAGCAGAUGCCUGGGAAAGUGUAAGAACAGGCCUGUAUAGAGUAGGGCUUUUUUCCUUCCAGAAGCUGGUGGCCUGGGAACUUCCUCAGCCCUGAGGUAUUAGCUAAGUAGAUUUGUAUUUGUUCUUCCAGAGGUGCACCCAGCAUGUGGGGUUUAGGCAUACUGUGGAAUUAGGAUUCCUUGCUUGCUUUUUCUAUUCACUUGAGAUAACGUGUAAUUUGCUUUUUUUUUUUUUUUAAACCCCUACUAAGUAGUAAGCUUAUGCUUCCAUGGAAGUCUCUUGGAAUCAUUGGUGUCAUUCCUGACCAGUAACUGUUAGCUCACAGUCUGUCACUGUGUGAUUAAGAUUUGGGUUUUUCCUCCAAAUGUCUUAUAUCGGGGCAGUGAAGACCUUCUGACGUUUUAUUGUCCUGCCAUCCAGCUUCCUGUGAUCCUUCGCCAUCUCCUUUUGUUGGCCUAAAAUAAAGAGAUGAAGAGUGGUUUUGUUUUGUUUCAAACAGCCAGUACCUGCAAGAAGAAAGCCAGGAAAAACGAAAUCUGGAGCUGUCAUUUUCAGAGUGGAUUCUUCACAGCAUGGAGUCACAU